UGCCAAGUCUUUGUCCGGAACUCGCAAUUCUAGCUAUCCACAAGGAUUUAGCUAGGCGCUUAGCCUCUGGACUUCAGCACGCAUAGAAUACAGUCUAGUGUCCUGUCUGUCAAAAAACUGUAGCUCGCUGAAGGUUGCAAAAACGUUUGGUCAACUUUCAGUUUUUUUUUUUCUUUUCGCCCAUCAUUGUCCUUCGUUGGAACCGAAGUCGAGGUGGAUGCAACUUUACAGACGGACAUUGUAAAAAUAAGUUUGGCUGUUUUCGUUUGGUUGCCUAUUUUAGGAAAGUGGUAACGUUAACCUUAAGUUUGAAACCAAUGUUUUUUUUGCUUGCUUUGUGUUUCUAUGGGAGAGUCUGGAACUCGAAAUACAUUCUGAAGACAAAAACCGAGACUUUUUUUUUUUUUUUACAACAUUGCCUUUUUUUCUAUAUGUAUAGUUUUAAGGUGGCCCAAGCACGGUUGUGAAUUUAGAAUCCGGUUAGCUAGUCAACCAAUUUGCAACUGUUAAGAGCUUUAGCUAGUAGCCAGCGAAGUGCAAGGAAAUCCCCGUCUCCAUGUGGAAAUCCCAACGUGCGAGUUGAAACUGUCCUAGUAACCUAAUAGAACUGAACGCUUUUCUCGUGUUUUUGUGUGCCCAUAAUACACUUAUUUAACGGAUUCAAUAAACACGAUGUUAGUGUUCUCAACGGUUUACACAUUGGCCGUGCUUUUUGUUUCGACGAAGGCUGAGCCCAACUCGAAAAGCUGCAAUGAAGUUAGGGCUGCAUACAGUUCCAAAGGCUUCAAUGUCAAUGACGUUCCAAACAAAGGGGUGCACGGAGCCCCCCUAAAGGUGUGUCCCCAGGGCUACUCAUGCUGUACCCUGGAGAUGGAGGAAAAGCUGAGCCAGCAGAGCCACUCAGACCUGAAGGCCCCCGUCUCCCAGCUCAGCUCCAACCUACAGAGCAUCUUCAAACAGAGGCACAGACACUUUGACCAGUUCUUCCGUGAGUUGCUGGACAACGCGGAACACUCGCUCAACGACAUGUUCGUGCGCACGUACGGCCUGAUGUACGUGCAUAAUGCCGAGCUAUUCAAGCACUUCUUCCAGGAGCUGAAGCGCUACUACAUGUCGGGCAGCGGGGCGGUCAACCUGGACUCCAUGCUGUCUGACUUCUGGGAAGACCUCCUGGAGAGGAUGUUCCAAUUGGUCAACGUCCAGUACGAGUUCAGUGACGCCUACAUGGAGUGCGUCAGCCGCCACACCGAGCAACUGAAACCGUUUGGUGACGUGCCGCGCAAGCUCCGCCUCCAGCUGACACGGGCCUUUGUUGCGGCACGCACCUUCACCCGCGGACUGGCUCUCAUGCCCGAGGUGGUCAACAAAGUCUCCACGGUCAGUGCAUCCCCUAGCUGUGUGCGGGCAGCCAUGAAGAUGUUGUACUGUCCCUACUGCAAAGGCCAGGUGGCCCUCAAGCCUUGCCAGAACUACUGUCUCAACGUGAUGCGUGGCUGUCUGGCCAACCAGGCCGACCUCGACACAGAGUGGAACAACUUCCUGGAUGCCAUGUUGAGUCUGGCUGAGAGGCUGGAGGGGCCCUUCAAUUUUGAGUCUGUGAUGGACCCCAUUGACGUUAAGAUCUCUGAGGCCAUCAUGAACAUGCAGGAGAACAGCAUGCAGGUGUCACAGAAGGUGUUCCAGGGGUGUGGUCAGCCUAAACCAAGUAAAGGUUUCCGGUCGCGUCGCUCAGUCAAGGAGACAGGAUUCACUGGUCGCUUUCGUCCCUACAGCCCCGACGCACGGCCCACUACUGCUGCUGGCACCAGCCUGGACAGACUGACGACAGACGUGAAGAAAAGGCUGAAGCAUGCUAAGAAGUUCUGGUCCACGCUGCCAGAGACCGUGUGUACUGGGGAGAGGAUUAUGUCGAGGGAUGACUGUUGGAACGGAACAGCAACGAGCAGGUACGAGUCUGUUGUCAUGGGCAACGGAUUGGCCAAUCAGGUGUCCAACCCGGAUGUGGAAGUGGACAUUACAAAGCCAGACGUGGUGAUUCGCAGUCAGAUCGCAGUGUUGAAGGAAAUGACCAGCUGGCUGAAGGCUGCCCAAAGCGGCAAUGACAUCUCCAUCAACCAAGGUGAGGAUGAUGAGGAUGGUAGCGGAGGAGAGGAGAGCGGCAGCAGCGGCUGUGACUCUCCGUCCUGUGAGGCGGACCGGGACAUCUACUUCUCCACCCCACCCAUCCCCAUCAACCCCCGCGUGGUCAAGGUGGUGCACCAGGAAACGACUGGUGGAGGCAGUGUGGCACAUGGGAGCAUGGCACUGGCACUCUGUGUGCUCACCCUGGCCCUGCUCGCCCCCCACUGGAGAUAAACGGCCAAGGGAGGGAAAGGGAGAGAGAGUGAGAAAGUAAGACGGAGAGAAGGGGAAAAACUGUCAGAGACUUUUAAAAAGACUGCCUUCAGGACCUCGGUCUGCCCGCCAUCAUGUGGAAGACUCUUGAGUUAUUAUAUAACUUUUAAUUUUUUGUUUGUUUUUAUAAAAAUGGACAAUAGUGUACAGCGAUUUUCUUCAAAAAUGUUCACCACUUUUUUUUUUUUUUUUUUUUUGUUGUCCUGAUUAACUGAUUCACUGCUUGUGGCACCUUUGAGCUAGAAUCCCUCCCGCCACAUCACCAACAGUGUUUUGAGUUCUUCCAUUUUAUCCCAUUAUUCAAAUUUUUGUUGUCCAUGUAUCUGAGAGUUAGUCAAAUUCGAAGCAGGAUAUGGUUUGUGUGUUUCUGUGUUUUGUAGUGUGUUAUAAAAAUUAAGCCCUCUAUUCACCAAUGCAUUCCCCUUACCAAGAAAACAACUAAGGAUCAAUGUAGCAAGUAUUCCUGGUUUGUCAGUGUAUGUGUGUCCAUAUUGGUUUUUCUGUUUGUGUGCUUGUUUGUGUGUAUGAGUGAGAGUGCUUCCUUUUUAGAUAUAUUGGCAGUAUCUUCGGGCUGGCCAGGGAUGAAUGUGGCUAUGCCAGAAAAGAGAACAUCUUGGUUACAUGUUGAAGCUCUAGACUGGCUCUGAGCUAAGAGUACAGUAGUUCUGUGGGAAAAUACUAAGAAGUUACAGGGCUGAUGUUUAGAUGGUUCGAUAGGAGAUUGAACUAGCUGGCGAGGGGUUCUGGGGGAUUCUGUGUGCCCAGGUGUGCAUCCAUAAUGUGGAAGGAGUACCACAUCCCAAACGACACUCUCAAAUACAAAACCAGUCCACUGAGAUCAUACCUCGUGUGUUCUCUGAAUCAUCAUUAUACACAAGCAGUGUUGAAAUUGAAAGUGUCUGAUGGAGGGGGGAGGUCCUGAUGUAGGCUAGAAGAGAAAGCUGGUGACUUGAGAGGAGGGACCCCCCUCCCUGUCAUUCCCCUAUAGAAGGCAGAGCUGACAAAGAGCAGUCCUCAGUGUCCUGGGGCAGAGAGUCUAUUCAGUUCAGAGCAGACUCAGACUCUGCACAGUCUGUCUUACAUAUGAUAAAAUGACAUGAUCUUGACAGGGAGUAGCUUGUAUGUCCAAAUGUUUGAGAUGUAGCAGAAAAGAGAAACCAAGAAACAGUUGAGUGACUUUGCGAAUUGAAUCGGAGAUGAGAGAAACGUGGAGAAUGAGUAUGAUGAAAUUGUAACACAGGGUUUUAUAUUGAGGAAGUGUUCUAAUUGUUUGUCAUUUUUUGGUAUGUGUGUGUGUAUAUAUAUAUAUAUAUAUAUAUGUAUACACACACACACACACACACACACACA